AUGCUGGCAUCCGGGUUUGAGCUGAUCAACCUUGCAGCGACACUUGCUGAGCCGCAAAUGCCCGAAUCGUCUGAUGAUGGGCUAGAUCCCAACGAGUUCUUGUCUCAAUCGCAUGUUCCUCUGGCCCCACCCAGAGCUAAUACCAUCAGCCCUAUCCCCAUCGAGAAUAUUGACAUGACGCCGAAGUUUCUGAACAGUGAGUUGUUCACCAAUCCCAACAUGCUCUCUGAGUCAGAUGUGUUGGUGGAAUCCAUUAAUGUGGACUCGUUUCAUUUUGUUUCCGCUGACUCCAUGUAUCGAAACACCCAUAGUCGUAUGUCCAGUACUGGCGAGUCACCGCUUGAGCAUUUACAAAGCCGAAAUCAAGCAUUAAAUAAUGAAAUGCGCAAUCGCUUGCGUGUCCUUGAAUCUACACUUGCCAAUGGAGAAGAUUGUACGGAAAUCAGGGAGUCCUUGACCAAUGGGUUGGCCCUCCUAUCGGAGAAUAAAUACCUGCUCCAUGAGAUUUACAAUAAGGAGCUAGCGUUUGUCAAUGCAUUGCUAGUUAAUUUCGAAAACUGGGAUCGCAAUCGUUCCAGAGUACUUCGGCGUAUCCAGGCAAUUAAGAGUGAGGGCAAUAGACACGGAAAGAAGCUUGCAGGUCUUCUCAAUAAACAGACGGCCAUUGACGACGAGAUUCAACAGUUGGAAAGUAGAAUCGAAGUUCUUCGUGCGAACAGGGGAGCAAUCACCAAGGAAAUCGAUGAGACUAGCUCCAUUUUGGAGAGCAAAUCGGCAAAGUAUGUCAAUAUCUUCAGAGACUUGGAACGGCAAGGACGUGAUGCCAUCAGCGAGUACUUAUACUCAAGUGGGAUACCUAAGAAUAAUCUUGAGAUCCUUUUGAAGUCAGAGCCAGUGGAGGCGACUUUCUCAUAUAUUCACGACAACCAGAGAUCUGACAAUACUAUUAACAUCGCUUCGGAUACAAGAGGUAUCGAACACCCGAAGGCUGCAAAUACCCAGUCAGAAGAGCCUAAAAUAACAGCGAGCACCAUGGGAAUACAGCCACUAAUAAUCUCUGGAGAUGAGCCCGAAGUUGACCCCGGCGUCCCUCAAGUCGAAGAGGAAUCGGCCUAUGCUAUGGGAUAUGCCAGAGGAUCCCAGCGCUUAGAAAAACUACGAAAGGGUAUAAGCAAUAUCGUUACUCAUGUGUUCCCACCAGUUCAGAAUGGGCAUAAAUCUGCAAAGAAUGUGGAUGACCAGCUGAACGUAAUCACUGAGAAGAUCGACUUAGUGCCGAUAAUUGAGCUACUUUCACAUAAAUCUGAUGCUCUAUCCAAGUUGACUGUCGACUUCUCCAAACUGGCUGCCGAGUAUCAUGAUCAGAAUGUAAUAUUGAAAGAUAUCUACCGCAGUCUCGGUUCUAAUGAGAGGACCAUAAUCUCGCUACUUUCCAACACGAGCCCGUCUCCAGAAGACUUGGUGUCACUUCUUUCCAAGUCUUACUCUGAAUUGAAGAAGGUAUUGGAGAGACAGCUAGAAUCUCGGGUGAGAUCCUCAGGGCCAAAGAACAAGUACUUAAUAACUAUAUUACAUCUUGAACUUACUGCUGUUGCCAAAGCCAUGAGCGAGUUGUCCCAAAAUUCAAGUUAUGAAUUGCAAGUACCUCUGCUUGGAAGCUCUGUCGAUUCUUCAAUGCUGGAUUCUCGGGCCGAAUCAAGAAAUAAUUUUGCCAUAUCAGGAAUCACUUCCGCUGGCUACCGUCCACCUACUCAUUCUACAACAUUCACUUCUCAUGCAAGUCCAACUGUCUAUAAAGUUCGGCAAGAUUCUCCUUUUGCCUCUUCCUCUAAAGGUCUGAAGAACGAAUAA